AUGGCUCCGGUGCUAAACAUCAUCAAUGAGACCUGCGCCUUGCUCGCGCUGAGCACGCGCCGGCUCAGCCUACAGCGCAGUCCGGCUUCGCCGUCUUGGGUGGAUGACGUGGACGUGCUUGUCAGGGACCAUGGCCCUGUCUUUCCGGUUGCCGUGCCAUGGGGCAUGGCUUUGGCCACGCCUUGGGCCCAAGAGAUCCAUGAAACCUCAGGGACCCUCAACAGCCUCAACUCGAAAGCCGAUGUGAUGGAGUUUCAUGGUAUGACACACACCACGCUCAGUGCCGGUGGUCAGCUUGGAGAGCUUCUUCUUCUGCCGCAAUAUGAGGGCAACCCUGCGAGCAUGUUGUUCACAAGGUCUCUGUCGGGAAUUCCCGGGUACUUUCAUGGAGUCGCAGGCACUGGCUUGCAUAAUGUCACCUUGGAGGGCUCAGUGACCAGCCGAGGGGCCUUUCACCGCUUCCACUUUGAUAGGGCGGCAGGGCAGCCAGGCCUCAACGUGAUGCUGGAUCCACAAGGCCUCCAGAAAUCUGCAUUGUCGGAUUCCCAGCUGGAAGUCAAGGAGAAGGAGCAGAUCCUGGAGGGCUGUAGCCUAGCCCAGCGCUUUGACAAAGAAGCUGGCGAAUCUCUGCUCUGCUUCGCGGUGAGCUUUGACGUGCCCUUCACGCACUCGGCUACAACCUCGCAGGCCAAGCUGGUGUUCGAUGGCCAUCCCAAGGAGGUGAAUGUGCGGGUUGGCCUAAGCCGAACCAGCGUGGCCUAUGCCAGGCGGAACUUGAAAGCAGAGCUGGCGCAGCCACUGGACAAAGUGAUACUUGCGGCAAAGCAGCGCUGGCAAGAUGCCUUGAGCACGGUGUUGGUGGACAUGACACCGCCCGCCAGGCUCAGGCACUUCUAUACAGGACUCUAUGAGUCAUUGCUAGCACCACACCUUCUUUCAGAGCAUGAUGGUGUCUACCGGAUGCCAAAUCGGAAAGGAACGAGGCCCCUGCAAGGGAAGGGGGAGGUCACCAAACUCGGCGAGUUGGACACGAAGAUGCCUACACGGACAAGCACUGACAAGAAGGACGUGUACAACACCGAUUUCCUACCAGAUACGUAUCGCGCCCUUCAUCCUUUGAUGAAUCUGAUUCAGCCGUCAAUGUCCCGAGCCUUCGGCGACUCAAUGUUGGAGCUUGCCAGGCAUCAUCCGGAGGGCAUGAUCUCCAGAGAUCCAAGCGGUACCAUCCUCGCUGGCCUGGCACUGCAAGGGCUUAUUCCCCAGAGCGAUGCCUUCGCGCUUCUGAAUCGCUCGCUGCGGCUUGCAGCAGAUGACCGUCCUCCGGUGAGCUCGGUUUCUUUCAUUGCGGAGAGCGUGCCCGCUUCAAUGUCGAAAGCGCUGGAGCAAGCACGUGCAGACCAAUGUGCCAGCAUGCUUGCCAGCAAGAUGGGCCUGGGUCCAGAUGCAGAGCACUUCCAUACGCAGAUGAAGCGUGUGUACCAGAAAUGGGAUCCAUUGCAGCAUGUCUUUGCGCCGCAAGUCCACGCACGCAAGCCCCGCAAAGUAAGCCGGCUCACUGGCGCAGCGCCGGUUCCUGCAGAGGGCACCGCAUUGCAGUAUUCCUUUGCAGCCAAUUUCAACGUGGAUGAGAUGGUCCGACUGCAUGGAGGGCGGGGUUCAUUUCUCCAAGCCUUGGACCAGUUCUUCUACCAAGAGCCGGGUACCCAGGGUGGGGAUUUGUCUGGAAACUUCCAGGGUCUGUCACUGGAAGAUGAGCCAGCGCUGCAUGUUCCAUAUCUCUACGGCCUGGAGGGAGAGCUGAAUCGCACUGCUCGACUGGUGGACACCUUGGUGAAGACCACACUUGUAAGUUCGGAUGGCCCGCGGCCCAGCGAUGAUCACGGGGCCCAGUCUGCCUGGGCAAUUUUGAGUUUCCUGGGCAUGUACCCUGUGGACCCUUGCUCUGGCGACUUCAUUCUGGGCCGUCCGUUCGUGUCCCACGCUUCGUUGAAAGUUCCCGGGGGCGAGCUGCAGAUCCGCGUCCACAACCAAGGCGAAGAGCAUAUGCACGUGGAGAAGGUCUCAUGGAACAGCAAGACCUUGGAUCUCUCGAAGCCUGUUCUCCAUGGGGCUGAACUCGCUAAAGGAGGUCUCCUGGAAUUUUGGAUGACCUCCUGA